CAUGGCUCUGGUAUCAACUAGUCUCUCCAUGACAACCAGUCUGUGUACAGAGCUGUCAGUCACCAAGUAGACCAACCGAGAGUCUCCACAUCCACAGGGAGUCAGGAUGCCUUCGGCUCAUGGGAAGACUGAUAUGGAACGUCUGGGUGUUUUUAUGGAGAUGAGCUACAUCUCUGUAGGAGACAAAUACACUUCAGACCAGAACCGUCCUUUCAAUGAGUCGGCAUACCGCAGCCGGCAGAUGCAAGCAGGUGUCUCUAAGCAGCUAUGCGCUCUGCAAAAAGGCUUUUUUGACACGUCCUUUAAACGGAUUUUUGAGAAAGAAGCCCUGAGUGAGCCCCUGAGACUGGCUCGGAGGAAUCGGAUGCUGCAGGCCAAGAGGAACGUGGGCAAAGCAUUCCUGCCCUCUGGCGGGGUGAAAAAGCUCUGUGGUUCUGGUAGCUACUAUGGCACCUUGUCUGGACCUAUAGAAGCCACAAGUCCACUGUCGGUACCAAAGAAGGUUUACCGCUCACCGGGACGCAACAUCAUCACCUCCCCACCGAAGAAAGGCAGUGGUUACAGCUUUCCCAAUGUUACCCUGUCCAAAAUGGACCCGUAUGUCUCCGACCCUUAUGACAGAGCCAAAGAAAUCCUGAGGAGGGAAGGGGCGAUCCAUCGCUCCAAACUCAGAGAUGGACCCUUCAGGAUCAAUCUUCACCCACAGGAUUAUUUCCAGGACAAUCCUUACCAUAGCUCCAAGACACUCCCACCUGCCCAGAAGCCCCGCCCACUCCAGAAGAAGGCUCCCAUGGUUCCUUUCAAGCCCCCGUCCCCCAGCAAACGGAUCGGGGGGGUGAAGGCUGGAACAUUUGAUGCCUAUCCUUCCCAUUCUGCUGAUCCAUAUGCCCCUCGUUGCUCCAAACCGACCAAUCAGGGACAAGUGUUUCAUCCUGCUUCUGGUCCAAAGAGCAUGCCAGUUAAAAGCAUCAUCUCUGCCAACAUUAACAGGUGA